AUGACAAGCCUGUACCUGAUACUAUACUGUUUCAUUUUGCUCCUUGCACCCACAUGUGUCCUGGGCCUACGAGAGGAUAGUCCGUUUGCUACCGACACAUAUGACCUUCCGAACAAUGUAUCCGCAGAAUACUUCGAGGCCGAAUCUCUCCUGUCUGUACCACCCUUGAUUCAGAGAUCGGCUCAGGGCCAACGGACAUCGGAGGCUGCUGUCCGAUGGACACUCACUGUUGUCAAUAUGGGUUCUGCCUGCGACCAGGGUACACAUGCUGUCCUAAGCAGCCUUGCCCACCCAACACGGUCUGCUGUGCUGGAGAAUGCCACCCGAAAGGCGGCCAAUGUUGUGACAACGGUCGCUACUGUAGUGCUGGGAGCCACUGUGGAACGAGUCAGUGGCAGAUCACCAUAUGCUACCGGGAUCUCACCGAUGAAGAAAUGA